AUGAAUAAUCAAUAUAUACGAAGGGAAGUCUUCUGCUGUGAAACCUGUCAUGAUCUUAAAAGCUUCUGGGAAAAAGAAAUUGGCAAACAGACUUGCUAUCGGGAAUUGGAAGAAGAUCGUCAGGGAAGAAGUGCCCUUUCAAAACUCAGAGACGAAUGGAAGCAGAUGCUGGAAAAAAGGUUAAAAAUGCUGGACAACCCUGAUGAGAAUGAAAAGCCCACCAAUGCCAACUGAAAGCUUUCUACGUUUGAGAGAAUAAGGAACUGAAGUUGCUUUUCUUGGGGAAUCCAGUGCAAAUGCCUGAAUUACUUUGAUUUACUAAAUGGAAUGAGUUGUAUUUGUUUUCCCAUUUGUGAGGGGAUUAGAAUGUGAAACCUCUUCUAGUGUUAAUGGAAGCUAUUAACCAAUCCAAUAUUCUGUGUAUACAGAACCUCAAAUCUAUCAAAGAGCUCCAGACUUAACUAAUGGAGGCAGUGCUCUGGAUUAGCACCAUAUAAAAGUUUCAAACAUCUAGGCACCAGAAUUCAUUUCCAUAUAAUUAUCCUCUCAUUUUAAAAUCAAAAUCCUUUACAUUUCAAGAACAGGAGGCACCAAUCUUAAUGGUAACAUCCCUAACAAUAGAUGAUAAUUCUCUUUUGCCGUUUCUCCUGGAAAAUUAGAUUCUUGAGAUUAUCUUUCUUCCUUUCAUCCUUCCUCCUUUCUUUCCUUUGUUUGGUGAAUACAGGAAGGUACCUACUGCACAAACUGUAAGCAAUUCAUUAAAAAUGUAGCUGGGAAAUGAA